AUGUUUCUUGUAGUCGAUCAGGCUGCAGGUUUUGUAAGUUUGGACUGUGGUGGUAAAGAUAAUUUCACCGAUGAACUUGGCCUUGUGUGGACUCCGGAUAGUCAAAUCAUCUAUGGAGAAGCAACUAAUAUUUCUGUAGCAAAUGAGACAAGGAAGCAAUACAUGACACUGAGAUACUUCCCCGCAGAUAGCAGAAAGUAUUGUUACACACUUGAAGUCACAAGUAGGACUAGAUACCUUGUAAGAGCGACCUUCUUGUAUGGUAACUUUGACAACAAUAAUGUUUAUCCAAAGUUUGACAUCUCCCUUGGGGCAACUCACUGGGCUACCAUAGUCAUUUCGGAUGCUUAUACAAUAGAGGUUGAAGAGUUGAUAUUUCUGGCUACAAAUCCUACCAUUAGUGUAUGCUUGUCUAAUGCUACGACUGGGCUGCCAUUUAUCUCUACACUUGAGCUCCGGAAAUUUAAUGGUUCCAUAUACCUUACUCAAUUUGAGAACCAGUUCUUUCUUAGUGUGUCUGCAAGGAUAAAUUUUGGUGCGGAUAAUGAAGACCCUAUCAGGUUUCCUGAUGACCCAUAUGAUAGAAUAUGGGAGUCUGACUCUUUGAAGAAAGCAAAUUACCUCGUUGAUGUUGCUGCUGGAACUGAAAAAGUAUCAACCCGAAUGCCAAUCGAUGUUAGUCUUGGUGAAAGACCUCCUCAGAAAGUAAUGCAAACGGCUGUAGUUGGCCGAAAUGGAUCAUUAACAUACCGCUUGAACCUGGAUGGGUUUCCAGGUUUUGGUUGGGCGUUCACCUACUUUGCAGAAAUUGAAGAUUUGGGUCCAUUUGAUACCAGAAAAUUUAGGCUAGUACUCCCAGACAUGCCCGAUGUUAGUAAAGCUACUGUUAAUAUUCAGGAAAAUGCUCAAGGAAAAUAUCGUCUUUAUGAGCCGGGCUAUGAAAACAUAUCCUUCCCCUUUGUGCUAUCUUUUAGAUUUGGGAAGACAAUUGAUUCUACCAUGGGACCUCUCCUGAAUGCAAUGGAGAUAAAUAAGUAUGUGAAGAAAAGUGAUGGUUCUUUAGAUGGAUCAGUUAUUGCUGGUGUAGCCUCACUUUUCUCAUCUGCAGACUGGGCAAAAGAAGGUGGGGACCCAUGCCUGCCAGUUCCAUGGUCCUGGGUACAGUGCAACUCAGAUGCUCAACCAAGGAUAGUUUCAAUUAAAUUGUCAAGGCAGAAUUUGAUGGGGAGUAUUCCUUCAGACUUGACAAAAUUGAGCGGCUUGGUUGAGUUAUGGCUUGAUGGGAAUUCACUGAGUGGCGAAAUUCCUGAUUUUACUGGAUGCACGAACUUGAAGAUAAUGCAUCUUGAGAACAACCAGUUGACUGGUGACCUGCCUUCCUCCUUAGUGAACCUACCAAAUCUGAGAGAACUGUAUGUGCAGAACAACAUGUUAUCUGGAACUGUGCCGUCAGGUCUUCUGAAUAAGAAUCUGGUUUUGAACUACGCUGGAAAUAUCAAUAUACGGAAAGGGAGCAGCAGAGGGAGCCAGAAUAAAAUCAUAAUUGGAUCAACAGUUGGAGCUUCCGUUCUGCUAAUUGCUACUAUAGCCUCUUACCUGUUAAUGCAUAAAGGAAAGAAGAAAUAUCCUAAGCGAGACCAGCUUGAACAUGGCAUGUCCACUCAGAGGCUUGUUUUUUCCUUGGGUAAAUCUGCCACAGAAGCUGCACAUUGCUUCACAUUAUCUGAACUUGAAGACGCUACAAAGAAUUUUGAGAAGAAAAUUGGUUCAGGAGGUUUUGGGGUUGUAUACUAUGGAAAACUGAAAGAUGGAAAGGAAAUUGCAGUGAAAGUUCUGACCAGUAAUUCCUACCAGGGCAAGCGGGAAUUUUCUAAUGAGGUAACAUUCUUUACUAAUUUAUUGAGCCCCUCCAUUUUUUUUCCUGCUUCUUGUAUUUGUUGA